CUAGUACUCUGUGUGGGAGCUGUGUUGAGGCCAGAUUCCACAGCCGAAAUACCGUUGAGUCCCCGUGAGCCUGAUGUUAUCCCUAGUACGCUGUGUGGAAGCUGUGUUGAGGCCAGACUCCACAGCCAAGGUCCCGUUGAGUCCCCGUUAGCCUGAUGUCGUCCCUACUACGCUGUGUGGGAGCUGUGUUGAGGCCAGACUCCACAGCCAAAGUCCCACUGAGUCCCCGUGAGCCUGAUGUUGUCCCUAGUACGCUAUGUGGGAGCUGUGUUGAGGCCAGACUCCACAGCCAAGGUCCCGUUGAGUCCCCGUGAGCCCGCUUACCAUGGGUGUCCCUACAAGCCGCAUGUCGCGGAGUGCCAUGAACUUUCCGAAUUGAGUGUCUUUCAUAGUUCAAUAAAGCUUUGUGUGUUCCCC